AUGAAGAUGUCGUGUCGGUUACGGGGUCACAAGGAGUGGAACGUGCGGGCUUCCACUUUAGCCCGCAAUACGUAUAAUCCUAUCAGAGAUGUCAUAGAAACUCUUCAAAUAAAACCGAAUCCAAAAAAAUCAUACAUCCCGCUUUCAGUGGGCGACCCCACAGCGUUCGGCAAUUUACAGCCUUCUGAAAACAUAAUAGACGCUAUAUGCGACAUUGCUAAACAGAAUGACAGUCGGAACUACGCACCUACGAUUGGUCACCGGGAGGCGAGGCAAGCAGUGGCGGAGUACAGUGCGCACCAGGGCAUGGUGUCAGCUGAUGACGUCAUCCUCUGCAGCGGAUGCUCACAUGCCAUCGACAUCACCCUCAGCGUGAUCGCCGACGCUGGACAAAACGUCCUGAUACCUCGACCCGGGUACUUGAUACACAAAACUCUCGGAGAAGGACUGGGAAUCGUUAUAAAGUACUACGACUUAUUGCCAGACCAAAACUGGCAGGUAGAUCUGGAGAGCCUCGAGAGUCAAAUAGACGAGAAUACAGCCGCGAUUGUAGUGAACAAUCCUUCAAACCCGUGUGGCUCAGUGUACACCAGAGAGCACCUCAAAGACAUCGUUGAUGUGGCAUCGAGAAAUCGCGUGCCGAUAAUUGCAGACGAAAUUUACGAACAUUUCGUUUUCUCCGACCACCAAUUCACUGCGAUAUCAUCUGUCUCUAAAGAUGUACCGGUUUUAACGUGCAGCGGAGUUACGAAAAGAUUUUUGGUUCCCGGAUGGCGACUGGGGUGGGUGAUCAUACAUGACCGACAAAACAUUUUCAAUAAAGAGAUCCGCAGUGGACUGAUGAGCAUGGCAACUCGAAUUUUGGGUCCGAAUACAUUAAUGCAGAAGGCGCUGCCGAGAAUUCUUAAAGAAACUCCACAAAGCUUUUAUGAUGACACGAUUCGGUUCAUUGAGAGUCAAGCUAAGCUUGCGUACCAGGAGUUAAAGAAAACUCCCGGACUGCGCCCGAUCAUGCCACAAGGGUCGAUGUACAUGAUGAUUGAAAUCAAAACUUCGUUAUUCCCCAAAUUCGACAACGAGCUACAAUUUAUUUCAAAAAUGUGCAAUGAGCAGUCUGUCCUAUGCAUCCCUGGGAAGUGUUUCAACUAUCCCAACUACAUGCGGAUCGUGCUCACGGUGCCUGAAGAGAUACUGCGGGAAGCCUGUGUCAGAAUCACUCAAUUCUGUGAAGACCACAUGCUUAAGAAAUUGGAUAAUGACGUUGUGUCUAUUGUUCAAGGCGAGCCAACACGAGCGGCAUCCAAGAAAAACUUCCAAAAAAAUAUUGCUUGAUAUGUUAUAUAAGUAAAGUCUACCAAAUAAGAAAUAUUAGCUCCUACCAAAAUCGUAGCCGCAAAUGUCAAUAUGACUUCUUGUGAAACAACUUUGCAUAUGAAAAGUCGGAAUUUUAUUAAAUCAAAAACCAUAUAACGACCCUAGAAUUAAUAGUCUUACUGUUCAAGAUCAAUUAUUAACUUAGUAUUAAGUUACAUGUAAUAGUUAUAGAAAGUGUAAUUAACUUUAGUGUUAGAUAUUAGAUUGAUAGAUAGUUAGAUGUACUUUUUCAACCUAGGUAGUUUCUAUAUUUUUCGUAUUACUUAUAUAGCCUCAGCA